AUGCCCGACCUUGCCACCGACGUCAAUGAUCUCAACAAUCUAUACUGCCAUCUUGGCCUCGACGAUACCACGGAGGACGACGACCUACCAGCGGCAACGCCAUCGAAGACGAGCUCACCCGACAAGAAGUCUCCACCUGUUGCCGAAGCGUCUGCAGAGUACGAAUUUCAAGCCCCCUUGGACGAGAAGCUGUUCGCGGUCUGGUCGGUGCUGCAUGAUCUCCAAAGCCUCCGACGCGAGGUCCGCUCCACUUGGCGACGAUACUCUUUGGGUCAUAUUACGCUCCUGGCGGCCACCGUGACGACUGACAACGCUAUGCAUGUCGCCGGAGCACUCGACGGCGACCUGAGGAAAGAGUACCCAGAUCUUGACUCGUACAGCGCUAUCAUUGAUCUGAUCGGGGCUGAUUGGUAUUUGGAGGAGCUCAAUGCGGACCGGAACCAGCACAUUCUCGAAUCAGCACGUGAGCCGAACGACUCACACAGACCCGUCUCCGGUCCUGACUCGACGGCAACCGCGAUAAGUGCCAAGGAGCUGCUAUGUAUAGAUACUUGGACGGGACUCGGUGGCUUCGCCAUGCUGAUGCAGUCUUUCAGGACUCCCGAACACCCAUAUUUCAAGGACCGAUCGCCGGAGACAAAAUCUAGCCCUCACCCCUUCUUUUGCCAUCUCUACACCAUGGCGAAGGACUUCCAUGGGAUGCUAACCAGCUUCAAGAAGCCCCUUGACGCCUGGACUCAACUAGGACCGUGUCUGGACAAGGCUACCAGAUACAUACUAUCCACUGCUACAGGCUGUGCGAUCGACACGGCUGCAGUAUCUUGCUUACAGAUGUACGUGGGCAUUCACGAUGCGCUGAAUGGUAAUCUAGAACGCGGGAUCCAAGAAGCCGAAGAAAUCCUGGCCGAUGUCCGUGCCUCGUUCGAACGCAGCGAUGCCUUCCUCGCCUCAGCAGCGGCCUACUCCAAAGUGUUCCAUUCUCAGCAUGACACAAGCGGAUCGCGCGAGGCACGUACGAUGCUCACGAAAUGUGAAGACAAGGAGGGCUCCGCUACAUGGGAGUGGGUUUGGACGCUUGCACGCCCACACACAACGAUCCUGCCAGAUACUGUGAUCCGAGCUCUGCCACUGCUGGCCAUGUGGUGUAGUUAUAUCACACUGCUGGCCUGGCAGACGUAUGGCAGCCACCAUAGCAACUAUGGCAACACCAUCCUUGCAGUCUCACAUCUCUACACAGCAGCUCGAAUAUCUGGGCACCUCGAAGUCGUCUGGGAAGACAUGGAGGCGUUCAUCAAUGCACAGAACCAGCAAAGCUGUUUCCUUCGCCAUAGCGACGACAAGAUCCUCACGCUGGCGAAGCACUUCAGCAUGGCUUUGGGCUUGACGCUGACUCGGGGGAACUCCAAGGGCGGAGUGACAGAUGCACUUGAGGCAUACUAUACCUUCCUGAGAACGUACGCAGCAACACAAGGUAUCAGAGACCAGGACAUCGCGAGACAAUGGAAGGACACCAAGAGACUCUCGCCUUCUCAACUAGUCUCAACCCUGACUGAGAUCUUCCUGGAGCAGGAGACUAAGCUAAGAACUGAUCUGAUCGGACUCGCAGACUUCUGUAAGGAGCUUCUCGGCAGAGUCUGCCCACUCAUCCUCAGCACACCUCAAAUGACGAAGGAGAUUCGUGGCCUCAACAAUAGACACUUCCAUGUCUUGGAGCUGGUCUAUCACACUCUUUGGGACGCCGGUAUUGCGGAGAUGCGUGGCGUUGAAAGAGGUACAGAUUGCUUGCGUCGGGCUGCGUCUGAACUUCCGACAGUGCUUUCAAAACCAGGAGCUGGAACCCGCUUUCUGCACCAGAAAAUGCGACUUUGCAGCCAACAUGUACCAGAUGAAUUGCAGCCAGCCCGCCGAUAUGGAGACACGCACAUACCACCGCCUGAUAUCAGCGCAUACGGGAUCUCAAGCACUUCAUGGCAAGAUCCCGAGUCCACUGAGCCCUGUUUCCGCGUCGGCGUGGGAAUGAUAGAGCAGAUCCUUCAUACAAUACCGACGUUAGACGAAUGGAUAGCCAGUCAUGGCGGUGAGCCUGCCUCCAUGCAGGAAUAUCAGCUCCAAGUGGCCCACUACUGCGAGAAGUUGUUUGUCGGCAAAUUUGCGGACUUGCCCGCCGAGACACAGUCUGAAAUGCUGCAGCGACUUCUCACUCGCAGACGUCAACAGGGCAAGACUGCUUCUGAGAUAUCUUUGAGCAGUGGUCUGGCGUGGGAGGCUGUGUAG